GUUGAAUCCAAAACCACUUCGAGGCACAGUUCUCCACUGAGCAAUAAUCAUGAAGAUUGUUUUGGCUUUGUGUGCUUUAGUAGCAGUCGCUUUGGCUGAUUCUGGCACAUAUGAGGCUUCCUACUACCCAACCGAACCGGUCACCAUCGAUACCAACUCCGGCUUAAGGGUUGUCAAUGGCCAGAAUGCGAGAAGGAAUCAAUUUCCUUACCAAAUCUCUUUACAAAGACGUGGUUUGGUAAGAUUCAGCCACAUCUGCGGAGGUUCUAUAAUAGGAAAACGCCAUAUCCUCACUGCUGCUCACUGCGUGAGUGGAACCGCUCCCAGCAAUCUGCAAGUCGUAGCAGGUAUCUUAUUGCUGAACGACGCAAAUGUUGCUGGUCAACAAACCAGGUCCAUAGAUCAAAUCAUCAUCCACGAACUAUACCCAGGUGGCAACCAAGUAUCUGCCAACGAUGUUGCAAUAAUCCUCUUGAGCAGACCAUUGUCCUACAGCAUUAAUGUACAACCAAUUGCAAUCCCUCGUAACCACCACCACGCUCAGGGAGACAGUCUUCUCUCAGGCUGGGGUUUAACUCGUUCAGGCGGUUCCAGUCCAAACAACCUCCAAUACGUCGACGUACCAAUUGUAAACAGUGUUGAAUGUGGAGACAUAUUGAGUUCUUACAUUAGAAAUAGCCCGUUCAGCGUGGAACUAAACAUUUGCUCUGGCAUCAGAAACGGAGGUGAAUCAGCUUGCAACGGCGACUCUGGUGGCCCACUGGCUCAACACGGUAAAGUUGUCGGUAUCGUUUCCUGGGGUUUGGUACCGUGCGGUAAUCUAAAUGCUCCUUCUGUAUACGCCAAGGUUGCUGCUUACGAUAAAUGGAUCGAACGUAAGACUAACGGGGAAGUUAGAGCACAAUAAAUCAACAUGUACAAUUUCAAUGUAUAGCUAUUAAUAAAAAUUUAAUUUGAUUUAAAAAUUGUAUUGUUUUUUUUUCAAAGAAACAUCG